AAGCUCAAGUCUUCGGCCGAGUUCGAAGCUGUCGCUUAAGACUUGAAACAGUGUUUUUAUUUUCCUUACAAAAAAUAAAAUAAAAGUAAUUAAUACUCUCUGCUAUUGUUUUGGAAUUUUCACUCGAGACUAAUGCUAUUACGCUAACAGUCAAAACCUGAAGCCCAUCAUUUGGAUUAUAAAAAAGUUACCAUCUUUAUGUAGUUUUUUCUUUCUGUGAAUUUCACAUAAAGAAAAAGAAGAAAAAAUGGGUAGUUGUGUUUCAAAGCAAGGAAGCUUUGGGGGAUUGUCAAAGAAGAAGAAAAGGAGGAUUCUGUGCAGAAGAAAGACCAUUAAAAGGAGGGUUUCUUCUCGCAAGCUUGAAAAUGGGGAAUUUGCUGCUGGUUCUAAGGAUUUUUCUCGUGCUAGUUCUACCGUCCAAGUGACAGGAAGUGCAGACUUGGCAUGGCGCGAUUGCUUUUCAGUAUUUGAAUCUGAAUUGGAUGAAGAUUUUUAUAGCCUCCAUGAUGAGGUAGUAUCUGUGACUGGCUCUGAAAAUGCAUCUGCAUUGAGUGUAUCGUCUCCUAGAGAUUUGAGUCUAAUUAACAAUGUUAAUUCUCAAUCGAAGGCGAAUGAUAAUCAGACUGAGGGGAGUGCUGUAUUUGUGGAUGAUAUUUCUAGUGAAAGUAUUCGUGGGGAUGAAAAGCAAGCUGCACAUCAUGUCGAACUUCUUCCAAAUACUUGCUUGCCUUGUCUUCAGUCGACUGCCCCUUCACUUGAGAGAAAAAGAUCGUUUAACCCAAGUACUCUUGGUUCAAAGAAGAAAGCACCUCUGAAACUAUCCUUUAAAUGGAGGGACGGACAUGCCAAUCCGACAUUAGUUUCUCCGAAGGUGGGUUUCCAAAGACCGGUAGCUGGUACCUCAGUCCCACACUGUCCGAAAGAGAAAAGCAUGCCUGAUUGUUGGUCUCCUCUUGAGCCAAGUUCUUUCAAGGUCCGUGGCCAGAACUACUUUAGGGACAAAAAGAAGGAAUUUGCUUCAAACUCUGCAGCAUUUCAUCCCUUUGGAGUUGACCUCUUCUUAUCUCCACGCAAAAUUGAUCACAUUGCUCGUUUUGUGGAACUUCCGGUUUUUAAUUUAUCUGAAGAAAUCCCUGCUACUCUUGUUGUAAAUAUUCAGAUUCCAUUGUACCCUAUUACAAUCUUUCAAAGUGAAAACGAUGGAGAAGGAAUGAAUUUGGUGUUGUACUUUAAACUAUCAGAAAGUUACUCAAAAGAGCUCCCACUUCAGUUCCGAGAAAAUAUUAUACGGUUUAUCAAUGAUGAGGUAGAGCGAGUUAAAGGAUUCCCUGUAGAUACUAUUGCACCUUUUAGGGAAAGACUGAAAAUGAUUGGCCGAGUGGCAAAUGUUAUGGAUCUUCAUUUAAGCACAGCUGAGAAGAAGCUUAUGAAUGCUUAUAAUGAAAAGCCGGUUCUCUCGCGACCUCAGCAUGAAUUUUACUUGGGCGAGAACUACUUUGAGAUUGAUUUAGAUUUGCAUAGAUUUAGCUACAUAUCUAGAAAAGGUUUCGAGGCGUUUCAGGACAGAUAUAAGUUGUGUAUACUGGAUUUUGGCUUGACAAUUCAGGGAAAUAAACCCGAAGAUUUACCGGAGAACAUGCUAUGCUGCAUACGAUUGAAUCAAAUCAACCACAUUAAUUAUGGUCAACUGCAGUUAUAGGCAAGAACUCUUAUUUUUACUAGGGCAAAUGCUUGAAUGUUGUUUUCACCAUCAACCCAAUCAAUACAAAUAAUUUCUUUAUUAUUUCUUUUAAAGCCUUCCUUCCUCGUUCCAUUACAACCUAGAUUUCGUCUUGUUUUUCAGGUUACAAAUAAAAAAUCUUACAAGUUGUAUCAUCCCAUUUUUACAAUCAGUGUUAAACUUUCAUUUUUUUUUUCUUUUUGGUAUAUAAAUAUUCAGAUGUAAAGUUCUGAUCAAGGUGGAAAGAAAAAGGAAUAAAAGGAAAGACCAUACGCUAUGCAUAUUUAUUCAUCCAUAUGUUUUCCUUUCUUCAUUUAACCAAUAUUGCAAAAGAUAUGUUGGCACUGAAAUUCUUAAGUGCUAAUUCUUUCUAUUAAGAUCAUCAAUAUGAUUGUUGGUUCAUUCAUGGUGGGGCAAAGCAUUUGGAAGCUUUAUAACAACAUUUGUUUGUUUUAGAACAGAAUGUUGUGAGAUGUUCAAUUACAGUUACCUAACAAUCACAAUUCGUUACCAAGUACUUCUUGAACAAUGCUUUCAUGGUUCGGUUUGAUGUUUUUGUUGGAGAACACCUUGAUCCAAAACUGCAUCAAAGCAAUGCUUUUGAUGGCUCAUGCAUCUGGAAACACAACAGCAUUUUCUGUUUCCCAAACAGAUUAUUUUAGGCUGAUCAAACGAACUGAUUGCACAAAUCAUGCAGCAAUUUGUGAGUAAUUCCUUUUUUGUAGAUACCAAACAUUCAUUCUCUCCUCAGCUGCUGCUGCACUAGGCAGUCGUGUGCUGGAUGCCACCUUGUAAGAGGGAUUAAAUGAACCAACUAGAUUAAUCACAUACUCGUAUAAAUCAUUCCCGUUUAAUCUGGAUGGUAAGUUGUUUUCAGCAGCUAAUCCAUAUGAUAGUAGAGAUGAUGUAUAAUAACCAAUAAACAUCCUCAAUAUAAUAUAUGAAACUUCACAGAUUCAAGUCCUCAAAAAUGUGCGUGCAUCGAGCAUAACUCAAAAAUGUGUCAGUAUAUACAGCUAUUAAAGCUUUAACCAUUGAUCUUUGGGAAACAGCCAGGGAAACGACUUUCUACGAGGAGCAUACCUUACAACUCUUCCUACAAUAUCCGUAAUAGUCUUCAGAACCAAUCAUGUAACUAGGGUUCUUUUCACACUCACCCGCUGAAGCCCAGGUAGCACAAUUCUCAUUCUCAUCAACACAAUCUCUAUUUACAGACUGCCACUUUGCCGUAUCGAAUGACCUGACAUGGAUCCAUUUUGUUGCAGACCAUUUCUCACCCUUUAUCA